UUAAACACCGACGAGCUGGCUCCUCCUCAGGGUGACAGGAUUAAUUUUUAACACGUUUUUAUUUUUCUUACAUAACCAAUAACCGCUUUAAAGCUAACGCGAUGACAAUAUCUGUAGCUGAAACACGCCGUGACCCCAAGUUCGGGCGUUUGUUUUGUACCAGCUUCACUUAACUAGCAUGGUUAGCUGCCUUUGGCGUUAAUUCAACCCAACAGUAAGCUAAUUCGCGCUAAUUAAGUUGACCAAAUCGUACUAACUAAGCUAGUGGCCGUUUGCAGGGGUGAAUAUUGCGGAGAUUUGCACAACCGGUUAGCAACUCCUGCAGAUGGCAAUCGUGUAUUAGCCAGUUUAGGGGUAUUUGCUGGUUUGUUGUGUUUGCAAUGAUGGGCGUACAGUUCCCUCAGAAGGAACCCUCCAACACCCGAGCACAGCCAACUAAUGGGAAGACCUGGGUCACUUUGGGUCCGAACCACAAAAUACAAAUAGACUCUGGUGACAUUACAACUGGACUGUUCCAAACCAAGUUAUUGUUUAAUGAAGCCAUCCCUGCGAGAACCUACAACCGUGCCACCCAUGUUUGCCUACCAGCCCCCAUUGUGAUCGAGAAGCUCAUACCACAGUUUGAGGAGCAGGAGAAUGUGAGCAGCAACAGGAGUUCCUUAAGUUUUUCUGCCCUUUCUGAAGAGCGGCUGCUGGCUGCAGUGAAGUUGGCCAAGCGAGAUCUGAGGCGGAGGCAUCAUGAAUCCUUAAAGAGCUCCCUUGUUAAAACUUCACAAGAAAAAUCCCCUCAAGAUGCAAGUUAUGUGGAUUUCCUUCAGAAGAAAGAAACCGUUGAAAUUAAAUGUAAAACCUCUAGCCCAAAAGAGAAGGCAACUCGAACAGGAGCCAACUUGGUGCAUACGCCACAGAAACUCUCCAGUAACCUCAGUCCUGAGGAUGGCCUUUCACCCCUGACCAGAGACUCUGGCCCAGGGCAGCUGGCCAGAAGUCGGCUUCCUCAGCUGAAUAAGGAGAUCCGUAAACUGCAAAAUGAGUUGGGGGUCUUCAUCCAGAAAAUUGAGAAACUGGCAAACAUGGGACACAUGAGUGAGGAUCCUUUGGAGCCUGAUGAGCAACACAAAAUGGAUGUUCGCAGACAGAAGCAAGCCGCCCGCUCAGCACAAAUCAUCUACGUUCUCCAACAGCAGGUAAAAGAAAUUCAAGAAGAUUUAGAGAGGCUACGUUCUCAAAAAAAUAGUGACACCAGAAAGUCCAAAGCAAUAGACAGGCUUGCAGCUGCCCACCGUGGGGCAGUCAGAGCCAUGCAGAUCUUCAUCCAUCAGCUUUCAGAGCCUCGUAACGACAAGGUGCCCUCGCACUACAAGGAGAUGGGCCAGUUGAUUCGCCAGCUCUCUUUGUGCUCAGCCAAGAUAGAAGUGGACCAGGGCUCAGCUUUACCCGAGACUGCCCUUGAUAUCCUCCAGAAGCUAGAGACUUUAGAUUUGGCUCUCAGUAAACAGGAGAGACUCUGGCAAAGGCAAGUCCAAGCACGCAGCUCCUCUCCUCAGAGAAAGUCUCCUCAUCGCAGUAUGUCACCUCCCUUUGCACCCAGGGGCCCAACCACCUCUAGUUUCAGAGGACCCCGCAAAGCUGCUGGCCUCAAAAGGAGCGUCUGCGGUCGGAGAGUUGCUUCACAGAAGCCCAGAGGUGCUCAAAACCAGCAUGUGGAACGUAGGCAGGUGCUCAGGGCUGGUCUGGAGAGCAUGGUCCAGCAAAGGGAGCUGAGAGAGGAGACACGUACAGGAUCCAGGCCAAAUAUCAUCCAUAGAAAAGAAAGGGCUCUAAAUCCUCAACGUAGUAAGACAAGAGAUGUAGGUUUCCAGCAACCUACAGUCUCCUCUCAGCUCAGAGUGAACCAGCUACCGCAGAAAGACCGCUCUGUGCCCUGGAUACCUACGUCCCCUCACUCUCCUCCUCUACAACGAACAUCCCCUCAGAGAAGACCAGAGCCUCGGUGUCUUUUCUCCCCGCUAAAGCCUUCACCAAGCCCCCAAAGGCACAAGGUGGUGAUUGCAGGACAAGGGACCGAAGAGGUCUUGGGCACAGACAAAAGGAAACAGGCCCAAAAUGAAGCUUUAAGGCAGGCCUGGUUGGAUAAGAUGACCAUGCAGAGACUGAAGGAGCUCAACCAGAUGAGUCAAGAAGAGACAGAGCGCAUCCAGAGAUUAAGGUCUGACAUGGAGUCCCCAACUCAGUGGGCAGAGAGAGCAGAGCAGAACGCCAGGAAGAGAAUUCAGCCCCUGUUGGAUGAGGUGCAGAACAUGGGUGAGUCCAGAAGCAGGAAAAGCUCCUCACUAAGGCACAGAUUGUCUGAACAGACUGCUGAGAGGGCAGCAGAGAGUGCAGAGCAGUUGAGCGAGGCCCUUCUUGAAGAUCUGUUGGAUGAUGCCGCGCGAGCAGUGUGGGCGGCUGAGACAGACAGACGACUGGAGGGUAUGGCCCAAUGCAGGCUGCAGGCCCCCACCCUGGAGAGUAUGCUGCUUCGCAUGGAGGAGAUGCAGAGAGACCAAGAGGAGGUGAGGAGACGGAUCACCACCAUCACCUAUUCAGACCCUCUUUACUGGGACAGGGUACACACAAGAGGACAACAAUGCCAUGCUGCAGACUCCAGGCCAGCCUCUCCUCAACCGGUUAAGCUCACAAGACCACUGCUGAGGCACAGCCCUGCAGCUGACAUAGUCCUUGAAAGACCUGUGGAGACAGGCCACAGUGUUCUCUCAGAGAGCAGCCUGACAGAGGAGGCGUCCCAAGAUGAGCAGCAGCCCGGGAGCGGCGCCCUGUUUCCAGGUCCUACGGUGAGGAGUGGGGGGAGCCUGAUUUCUGUCCCGAGCAGCACACUGAGGAGCAUCCAGCAGUACAGGGAAGAGUAUGACGCCUACCUCCGCCUCGUGGCCCAUGAGCCCGUUGGAGGAUUCAACCCCUGGGCCAUCGCAGACAGCCUGGCAGAUGAGCUCAUGUCGGAGGCUCUGGCUGAUGUGGCGGCAGAGUUUCAGAACGUGUGUGAGGAGUACGCCGAGGCGGUCUUCACCUCGGAGUUCCUUCAGCCAAUCCAGUCGCCCUCUGCAGCCGUUCCACCGUUAGGCAGCCAAUAAGGUGUUUACACCGACUCGGCCACAUCCUUCAGCUGAGUCAUCAUACAGCAGGCUUUCUUUGUUAUGAUCCCCCCCCCCACACACACA